AUGACCAUAGAGAAAUGUUUUGAUGUAUUUGGUACAGAUUCAAAGGGACUAACCCAAUCUCAGGUGAGCAAAUUACUGGACAAAUACGGUAAGAAUAAUUUAGGUGAAGAUGCUAAGAUCAGUUUUACUGCUAUCGUUCUCCAUCAGACAUGUAAUGCGAUGAUUUUGGUGCUUAUUAUUUCCAUGAUAAUCUCUUUUGCAAUUCAAGAUUGGAUUACUGGUGGUGUAAUUGCAUUUAUCAUAGGUCUAAAUGUUAUCAUUGGUGGCUGGCAAGAAUAUAAGGCCGAAAAGACCAUGGGUUCUUUAAAGAGUCUCAGCUCUCCGACCGCCAGGGUCAUCAGAGAAGGUAGUGACUUGACCAUUUCUGCUGAAGAUCUAGUUCCAGGUGAUAUUGUUAUGGUUGAAGUUGGAGAUACUAUUCCAGCAGAUUUGAGAUUGAUUGAUACUUCGAAUUUUGAGACCGAUGAAGCUUUGCUUACCGGCGAAUCCAUCCCGAUUGCAAAGAACCCUGAAGAUGUCUACCUGCAGGAGAUCCCAAUAGGUGAUCGACUUAAUAUGGCUUACUCAUCAUCUUUUGUUUCUAAAGGUCGUGCUACAGGAGUUGCCGUUCUUACUGGACUUGGCACUGAAAUCGGUAAGAUUGCUUCUUCUUUGAAGGAAACCAAGACGGUUAUUGUGAAAGUCGAGAACAAGGAAACUGCUUCUUGUUCAGAUUAUGGCCGAGCUGCCUGGAGUACCAUCUACAAUACUGUUGGCUAUAUUUUGGGAAUUACUGAAGGAACUCCAUUAAAACGCAAGCUUUCUAAAUUGGCCAUUUAUCUUUUCUUCUUUGCUAUUGUGUUAGCUAUCGUUGUAAUGGCUAGUCAGAAAUUUAUCGUUCCCCAAGAGGUAGCCAUCUACGCUAUUUGUGUUGCCAUUUCCAUGAUACCUUCUUCUUUAGUGGCUGUUUUAACAAUUACCAUGGCCAUUGGUGCUAAAGAGAUGGUUAAGAGACACGUUAUUGUCCGGAAAAUCGAUUCCUUGGAACAUUUAGGCUCUGUUAAUGCAAUUUGCUCUGAUAAAACGGGUACUCUUACUCAAGGAAGAAUGAUCGCCAGGAAUAUCUUCAUUCCCAGUGUUGGUACAUUUUCUGUAAUAGAUUCCGAUGAACCGUUCAACCCAGAAUGCGGUCAAGUUCGUUUUAUCGAAAGAACUCCUGUGGAGAUUGCCGAAAAUGACUUUAAUGACUGGAUCAGUUACGAUGAAUUUUUAAGGAAGCACAAAGACUCAGAAAAGAUGUCUUUAUUCUUGAAGUGGAUUUGGGUUGCUUCUUUGGCCAACAUCGCCGUUGUUUUUGAAGAUAACGAUGAAGAAACUGGUGACAUGGUCUGGAAAGCUCGUGGUGAUCCUACCGAAAUUGCCAUUCAGGUGUUUGUUACUCGUAUUGGAUAUUCCAGGACCAAGAUGGUUGAGGAAGACAAUUUGUUCACUCAUUUAGCUGAAUUCCCGUUCGACUCAUCUAUCAAAAGAAUGUCAUCUGUUUAUCAUGAAAAAAGAACCGGUAAUGAUGUCAUCUUCACCAAAGGUGCUGUUGAGAGAGUUUUGAGUUGUUGCAACACCUGGCAUGAUCCUAUCACAGAUGAAAUAGUGCCGGUCGAUGAUUCUACCAAGGAUUUCAUUGAACAGAACAUGAAUUCCCUUUCUUCAAAAGGUUUGAGAGUUCUUGCAUUUGCCAGAAGGGAGUUAUCUGAGAAUAGAGGAGACAAAUGGGAAACUACACCCAGAAAAGAAGUUGAGCAAGACCUUACUUUUAUUGGUCUUAUCGGAAUUUACGAUCCCCCACGUCCAGAAACUCUUCCCAGUGUGAAGUUGUGCCACAAGGCUGGUAUUUCAGUUCAUAUGGCCACCGGUGACCAUCCAUCGACCGCAAGAGCUAUUGCUCAGGAAGUCGGUAUCUUACCUCAUAAUAUGUACCAUUAUUCCGAAGAAAUUGUCAAGGUUAUGGUGAUGACUGCACCUGAAUUUGAUGGUCUGUCUGAUGAUGAGAUUGAUAAACUUCCCGUUCUUCCACUUGUUAUCGCCCGCUGUGCUCCACAGACCAAAGUCCGUCUUGUUAAUGCUCUUCAUAGACGUGGACAGAUUGUUGCCAUGACUGGGGAUGGUGUUAACGAUUCUCCUUCUUUGAAGAAGGCUGAUAUUGGUAUUGCGAUGGGUAAGAACGGAUCAGAUGUGGCGAAAGAUGCUAGUGACAUUGUUCUUUCGGACGACAACUUUGCAUCUAUAUUGAACGCCAUAGAAGAAGGCAGAAGGAUGAGCGACAAUAUUCAAAAGUUCGUUCUUCAGUUGCUCUCUCUUAACGUCGCACAGACACUUUUCUUGAUGAUUGGUUUGGUAUUCAAGGAUAAAGAUGGAUUCUCUGUAUUUCCAUUGUCUCCAGUGGAAGUUUUGUGGGUCAUUGUGGCCACUUCUUGCUUCCCUGCUAUGGGACUUGGUGUCGAGAAAGCCGCUGAUGAUAUAAUGGAAAAGCCACCGAAAGAUACUAGAGAAGCAGUGUUUACUGUUGAAGUACUUUCAGAUAUGUGUGUCUACGGAGUGGUGAUUGCCAGUUGCUGUAUGGUUCCGUUUGUCAUUGACAUGUAUGCCAACGGUAAUGCAGACUUUGGUGAGAACUGUAACAGUACGGACUACGCCUCGUCGUGUUACUGGGUUUUCCGGGCCAGGUCGGGUGCGUUUGCCGUGAUGACAUGGUGUGCAUUACUAUUAGCAUGGGAGGUGGUUCAUCUUCGUCGCUCGCUAUUCUUUAUGCACCCAGAAACUGAACAUCCCUGGACGCAAUGGAUGAGAGAUCUCUGGGGUAACCAGUUCUUGUUCUGGUCGGUGAUAAUCGGCUUAUUUACUAUAUUCCCCACAGUUUACAUCCCUGUGAUCAACACUAAAGUGUUUUUGCAUAAACCUAUCACAUACGAGUGGGGCUUCUCCGUGGCCUUCAGUGUUCUCUUCUUACUUUGUGUUGAGCUCUACAAAUUCUUCAAGAGACACUACUACAGGCAACAGGAGAAGGCACAUAAUCCAGAGUAUGACUUGGAGAGAAACUCACCUUUCGCUCGCUACUCCAGUUUCUCCAGAGCCCCGACUGGAAACCCAGAACAGGAGUUGUUCCACUGA